AUGGACCCAAAUUUCCACUCCAUGUUUUCCGGCGACGCCUCCUCCUUCGACCCCAUGUUUUCCGGCGUCAGCCUUCAGUCCCUUCUCACUCUCAACCCUUCUCUCUUCACCAACGGUUUCCCAAACUUGGCUUCUCUAACCGACGUCGACCCUCCACAACUGAACCUACCCGAACCCACAGAAACUCCCAAUCUCAAAGAGAAGAAGCUCCUUGUCCCCAAAAACGAAAACCACCACAACCACCCUUACCCUUCUCAUCUUCCCAUAGAAGAGUUUCUCGCUCAACAACCCUUCAACUUCUUCCCCAAAUACCAACCCUACGACCACUCCUCCGCGUUCCACCGUCUCCCCCAACUCCGUUCGCCGGAGACCUCAUACCCAGCCGAAAGAAAACGCCUCCGCCUUGAUCCCACGGCGGAUUCUGCGGCGGCGGCGGCGGUGCGUGGAAAGGCACCGUCGGUGAUCCCUCAGAGCAACCUGGCACGGCAGAGAAGGCAGAAACUGAGCGAGAAAACGCGUUGCUUGCAGAAACUGAUGCCAUGGGACACGAAAAUGGACCAAGCAACCCUUAUGGAAGAGGCUUGCAAGUACGUGAAGUUCUUGCAGGCACAGUUCUGCGUCCUUCAGUCCAUGCCGUCACAGACCUCGCCUUUCCUGGCCGCCGUUCAUAACAACGGCGGAGGAGGCGGAGGCGGUGGUGGUGUUUUUGGUGACUUGGAGAGGCUGAACAGGAACCAGGUUUUGCAGGUUCUGGUUAACUCACCAGUUGCACAAACCAUGCUUUAUUCUCAAGGGUUGUGCGUUUUCUCAAUGGAACAGUUAGCAUUGCUCACACAAUUAUAUGAUAGGAAGCAACAAAUGUCUGAUAAUGCUUCCUCCAAAACUUUCUUCAACUAG